AUGCAUACGCUCAUCAGGAGCUUUUUGGCAGAUCCAUACGUCCUCUUAUGGGACUUCUGUCAAGACAAUGUCCAGCAACCAUCACGUAGAUUUUGCGGUCAUAAGGCCAACGUGUUCGCUCUCGCAUUCUCAGCAAGUAGCCAAUACCUCUACUCAGGAGAUACGGACAACACAAUUUUGAUGUACGAUAUGAGUCGUCUCUUGGCUUCAGGGACUUCUCUGCCAGAAAAGCCAACGUUGACAUACUAUGAGCACGGCGAUAGUAUUCGCGCGAUAUCGUGUCAUCCAACACAAGAUGAGAUUUUUCUAAGUGCCAGUGAAGAUGGGCGCAUCAUUCUGCAUGAUACACGAGCAGACAGCCGAUAUACCAGAGCACAGAGAACUGUACAACAAGACGCCGAGUUCACCGGAGUCCAGAUCCACCCUACUAUGCCCCACUUCUUCGUGACGAGCGAUUAUCAAGGGAGGCUUUGUCUUCGGGACAUGCGGAUGGCAUUCGGGCCGUCAUCCCAGAGACGGCAGAAUGGUACUGUUCAGGCGUACGUGACUACGCUAUCCAAAACGUCCGUUUCCCAUCUCAGCAAUCCUGAAGUCAGCAGCGUCACGUUCGACAACACAGGAACCAAGCUGACGGCCACGAUGCUACAUCACCUCCCAACGAUUUACUCUCUCUCUGAUCCGAUCCCUGUCGCUAUGUGUAGUAAAGCGAGGAGGGUCGAAGGCACGUACAGUAAUUCAUGCACAAUCAAGCAUGGAUCUUUUGGCAGUGGGGGACUGCACGACGACCGAUACUACUGCGCUGGCUCAGAUGAUUUCUCGGCCUACAUGUGGGAGAUCCCAGAGAUUUCCGAUUUAGUAGAACGGAGACAAGAGAUUUCCUCAGACACUUGGUCAGGACUGGGAAAUGAUAAUAUCGUUGGUUUUGCUUCCUCCCCAGAUGAGCCACGGCAUGUUCCGGUCAAUCUAGACACCCCAAUGUACAGGCUGACCGGUCAUGAAUCCAUUGUCAACACUGCCCUGAUGCAUCCGCAUCUCCAGUAUGUCGUCACGUCGGGCAUUGAGCGUGACGUCGUUCUGCACAGCCCCACUGCCAUCUCUCCAAGCGCGGAAGACAUGUCCCUGACGCCGAAAGAGGUCCGCCCUGUAGCGCCCGCGAGCAGCCGGUCUAGCAGGCUGCUGAUGCGGGCAUUGGGAAUCUUACCGGAUGCUAAUGAGGAUGCGGAUGAUGACCAAGAGACCAUCGCACUAUUCGACGAAAUCCGCCGACAAGAAGGCGAUGGAGAUAUCUUCGACCUACGACACUGGAGUGGACCAGAAGAAGAUAGUUUUGCGCAUGCUGCUAUGGACAUUGAUCAGUAG